AUAAAAGCAGCUUGAUAUUCUUGACUUCUGUAAUUUCGGAAAAACCGAAAAUUCUCAAAAAUAUAGGAGUAUACCAAAACGAUGUCGUUUGUGGUCAAACAUUUUCCAUUUUCCUGCUUUAUUAAAAAAGCCUGAGCACGUGUUAACACAUAUGAUAUGGGACAUACUUGUAAAUUACAAUAUACUUUUAAGGGUAAAUUCGUCUUUUCAUGACCCGACCUCUUUUUUCUUCACCCUGCUAAGUGCUUCUUCAUUUAUGUACUCACCAGAAAAAACUCAGAACCAGAAAAUUCUCAAAAAUGAACAAAAAAAAAUAAAGCGCGAAAUUAGUUUUCACCGGGGAGUUUUUAUCCUAUCUCCUACGAGCUAACAAAUUUAGAAGAAGAGGAAGUUAAAACAGAGAAACGACGCCGUUUUUUUUUCUUCUCCAAAUUCCGGUGAUCUGAAAAUGACGUCGGGGACUAGAACGCCGACUUGGAAAGAGAGAGAGAACAACAAACGGCGAGAGCGGCGAAGACGAGCGAUUGCAGCUAAGAUCUUCGCAGGACUAAGAAUUCAUGGAAACUUCAAGCUCCCUAAACACUGCGACAACAACGAAGUUCUCAAAGCUUUAUGCAAUGAAGCUGGCUGGACUGUAGAAGACGACGGAACUACUUACCGCAAGGGAUGCAGACCAAUGGAUCGAAUGGAACUCAUGAAUGGUUCUACUUCAGCGAGUCCAUGUUCAUCGUAUCAACAUAGCCCUCGUGCUUCCUACAAUCCAAGCCCUUCAUCUUCAACAUUCCCGAGUCCUACAAACCCAUUUGGUGAUGCUAACUCACUAAUCCCAUGGCUCAAGAACCUCUCUUCAAAUUCACCUUCCAAGCUUCCCUUCUUCCAUGGAAAUUCGAUAAGCGCUCCCGUGACUCCGCCGUUGGCUCGAAGCCCUACUCGUGAUCAAGUAACCAUCCCCGACUCUGGAUGGCUCUCUGGAAUGCAAACUCCACAGAGCGGACCGUCUUCUCCUACCUUCAGUUUAGUUUCAAGGAACCCGUUUUUCGACAAAGAGGCUUUUAAAAUGGGAGACUGUAAUUCACCAAUGUGGACUCCUGGACAAAGUGGAAACUGCUCUCCAGCUAUUCCUGCUGGUGUUGAUCAGAACUCUGAUGUGCCAAUGGCUGAUGGAAUGGCGGCUGAGUUUGCGUUUGGUUGUAACGCAAUCGCUGCUAUUGGAAUGGUGAAGCCUUGGGAAGGAGAAAGAAUACAUGGAGAAUGUGUUUCAGAUGAUUUAGAACUUACACUUGGAAACUCAAGAACCAAAUGAUGAUUUCAGAGAAGAAUCAAAGUCGUUUGCUAUCAUUAAUUCUUCUUUUUUGUCUGUUUUUUUUUUUUUUUUUCUUUCAGUGUGAUGUUUAAAGGUGACUGAGGAAAAGAAAAAGGAGAAAGGAAAGGAAAAAAAGAACAUUUUGAGCUCUGUUUUUUUUUUUUUUUCUGUUGGCUUUUGACUAAAGUUUGUAGUUAGAAUCUAUUUUAUAUCUCGAAGCUUUAUUUUUUGUUUUUUUAUUUUUUUUGUGGAAAUUGGAUUUGAGAUUAGUGA